CCCGUUUAAUAGACCGGGUACGGACUAUCCACAUUUUUUAUCUACCGUAUUUACCAGUAAUCGUCUAGGGUUUUUGCUUAGCUUGCCCGAUAGUUAUCUGCGUGCCGGAGAAGACAUCGAGCGAGUUCCCCGUCGCAGAGAGUAGCUUCCAGUUCAACCACCAAUCGCGACAAUGACGACGGUCGUGCCUACAUCCGAGGAGGAUCCCAUCCUCUCCGUCGUUCGAUUCACCGCCGAGAUGUCCUGGGCUGAAGCCGGUCCCGAGGUAGCUGAACCACAAGUUGCUAGUUUAUGCUUGGAGGCUCAAGACUGCAUGAUUGCUGGCAGAUGGUUCGAUUUGGCUUCACUGAUGCUUACUUCGGCUGAUUUGGUAUUUCCUAAAGCUUCGGAUAAAGAUCUUGAGUGCAUCUUCACCAUCAUCUGCAAUCUUGUCAUUAAGCCUGAAAGCCUUGACGAAAUGUUAGAGAUGGCAAAGCUUUUAUCCACCAAAGUUGCACAACAACCAAAUGAUAAACCUGCACUCCGAUUGAAGAUCUUGUUCAAUCUCUACAACCUGUUAGAGAACCCUUACAGCCGAUUCUACGUUUACAUGAACGCCCUUAAAUUGGCAAUGAAUGGAAAGGUCAUAGAGCAUAUCAUACCAUCUUUUAAAAAGAUAGACAGUUUCUUAAAAGAAUGGAAUCUUGGAGUUCAUGAUCAAAGAGAGCUUUUCUUGACAAUCUCUAAUAUCUUAAAGGAACACAAAAGCUCCCCAAAAGAAACCUUCAAGUUCUUAACAAAGUAUCUUGCAACAUUUUCUGAUGAGGAUGCACAUACUAUGGAGGAGGCAAAGGAAGAAGCUGCUUACACUAUCAUUGAAUUUGUCAAAUCACCUGACAUGUUUCAGCAUGAUUUGCUUGAUAUGCCUGCUGUAGCACAAUUGGAGAAAGACACCAAAUAUGCAUUAAUAUAUCAACUUCUCAACAUCUUUUUGACUCAAAGGCUAGAUGCUUACAUGGAUUUUCACACUGCAAAUUCUGCAUUACUAAAUAGCCAUGGUAUUGUACAUGAAGAUUGUAUAGCAAAGAUGAGGUUGAUGUCAAUUGUGGAUCUUGCCUCAAAAGAAUCUGGCCAAAUUCCUUAUCAUAUGAUAAAGGACACUCUACAGAUUGAGGAUGAUGAGGUGGAGCCAUGGGUAGUAAAGGCAAUCACUGCUAAACUGAUUGAUUGCAAAAUUGAUCAAAUGAAUGAAGUCAUUAGAGUAACUCGAUACACAGAGCGUGUUUUUGGGCAGCAGCAGUGGCUAUCUCUUAGGGAAAAGCUGGCAACAUGGAGGGGUAACAUAUCAAAUGUGAUAACAACAAUUCAAGCAAACAAGGUAACCGAAGAUGCAACACAAGCAAUCCAAGGAUUCAAGAACAAAGGUGCGCACACACACAAAAAACUCGUGUUCUUAUUCUUAUUGCUUUCAAUUCACAUUUUGAAAUUUUUUGUUUCUAGUAGCUAA